UACCCUGGUGCUAGGGACUGACAGACCAACACCAGUGGAGUUUUGAUGUUUGACCUUAUAAUGCGGGAAAAACACGAAUAAUAGCUACAGUUAACAACAUGAGCAGUUACCAAAGAGGUGGACAGUGAGGGAUUUAAAAUUGAAAAGACGGGCUAUAAAGUUAGCCUCCUUGUGAAUCAGAACCAGCCAUGGUGCAGGAAUACCAGUCUCCGGUUCGGGUCUACAAACACCCCUUUGAGCUGAUAAUGGCGGCCUACAUGAGGAGGUUCCCAAAGUGCCCCCUGAUCCCGGUGUUUGUGGACAGUGAAAUCAUCAGCGAGAGCCAAAGUAAAGAUGGAUCUACACUGGUGACUGAGAGGCGCUGUGUCAUCGACAUCGAGGCACCACGGCUGCUAAAGCGGAUCGCUGGCGUAGACUACCUCUACUUCAUCCAAAAGAACACCCUGAAUCACAGAGACAGGACGCUCCACAUCGAGGUUCACAACGAGACAUUUUCCAACAGAGUGAUCGUCAGAGAGUCCUGCAACUACACGGUUCAUCCAGAGAAUGAGAACUGGACGUGCUUUGAACAAACAGCCAGUCUGGACAUUAAGUCCUUUUUUGGCUUUGAGAGCACCGCAGAGAAGAUAGCCAUGAAGCAGUAUGCCAGCAGCAUUAAAAAGGGUAAAGAAAUAAUCGAAUACUACCUCAAAGAGCUGGAGGAGGAAGGUGUGACUUACAUCCCUCCUUGGACCCCCCCUGUUGUCUCUGGUACCGUCCCCACUCGGCUACAGCUGCAGACUCCCUCUGCAGCCAGACCCAUCCCGGCGAGGGGAGCUAAUAACGGGGCGGACAGCAAAGACCCGACCGGACAAACAGAGCUGCUGGCCGGCUCUCCUGACGACAAAUUGGAUGCUGAUUACAUCCGACGUUACCUUGGUGAUCUAACGCUGAUGCAGGAGAGCUGCCUGAUUCGACUGCGCCAGUGGCUCCAAGAAAACCACAAGGGCAAGAUCCCAAAGGAUCAGCAUGUCCUUCGCUUCCUGAGGGCCAGAGACUUCAACAUGGACAAGGCCAGAGAGCUCUUGUGUCAGUCGCUCACCUGGAGGAAGCAGCAUCAGGUAGACUUCCUGUUAGACACCUGGGAGCGGCCACAGCUGCUGCAAGACUACUACACCGGAGGAUGGCACCACCACGACAGAGACGGCCGUCCUCUUUAUGUGUUACGUCUGGGACAAAUGGACACUAAAGGUCUGGUUCGAGCCCUGGGUGAGGAGUCGCUGCUGAGACAGGUCCUGUCUCUUAAUGAAGAAGGUCUGAGACGCUGUGAAGAAAACACCAGAGUCUUCGGUCGACCCAUCAGCUGCUGGACCUGCCUGGUGGAUCUGGAGGGCCUGAACAUGCGUCACUUGUGGAGACCGGGCGUUAAAGCUCUGCUGAGAAUCAUUGAGGUGGUGGAGGCGAACUACCCCGAGACUCUGGGCCGCCUGCUCAUCCUGAGGGCGCCCCGAGUGUUUCCUGUGCUGUGGACUCUGGUCAGCCCUCUAAUAGACGAAAACACGCGCAAAAAGUUUCUGGUUUACGCUGGAAACGACUACCAAGGUCCUGGAGGUCUGGUGGACUACAUCGACAGAGAAAUCCUCCCAGAGUUCUUAGGGGGAGACUGCAUGUGUGAUAUUCCUGAGGGCGGUUUGGUCCCCAAAUCUCUGUACAGGACAGCAGAGGAGCUGGAGAGUGAGGAAAACCGCCUGCUGACUGACUCCGUCUACAAGAGUGCCAGUAUUUUCAAAGGAGCCCCGUAUGAGAUGUUAAUCGAGAUCACAGAAGCCUCCUCCGUCAUCACCUGGGACUUCGACGUGUCCAAAGGAGACGUCAUUUUCAACAUCUACCACUCCAAGAGGGCACCCCAGACUCCAAAAAAAGACACGCUUGGAACCCACGGCAUCCCUUCCUUAGGGCCUGUCAACGCUCAGCUGAUAGACCGGAGCUGGGUCCUGGGCCAGGACUACAGCAUGGUGGAGAAAGCCCUCAUCUGCAGGGAGGGAGAGAGCGUACAGGGCUCACAUGUGACGCGAUGGCCCGGCUUCUUCAUCCUCCAGUGGCGUUUCCACAGCGCCCCGGCCUGCUCCGCCUCCAGCCUUCCUCGUGUGGAUGAUGUUCUGGCCUCGCUGCAGGUUUCCUCACACAAGUGUAAGAUCAUGUACUACACCGAGGUGCUGGCCUCCAGCGACUUCAGGGGAUCCAUGACCAGUCUGGAGUCCAGCCAUAGCGGUUUCUCACAGCUAAGUGCUGUAACAACUUCUUCUAGCCAAUCAAACGCCAGCUCUGUCAUUUCUAGGUAGUGUCUGUCUGCAGACAAACUGACUGAUGUCUUGCUGCCACUGUGCCUUUAAAAUAAAGCUAUUUUUACUCACACUCACGGUAAAUUAAACGGGUUGAAAGUUUUCAUAGAUUUGUACGUCACUGUUGUUGUGUGGAACAGAAAAAUGUCGUUGACCUCUCAUUCCAGAGAAUAAUGUCUGUAAAAUAUCAGUUUCCUGUGCAUAUCUAACAUCUGGAUUUAUAUGUUUAUUUUAUCAUUGUACAGUAACUAAUGCAAAUGAUGUUUGUCUUUAAGUUAAUGUUGUUUAUCUAAUCAUGGCUGCCUGAUGAGCAUCUGCAGGAUCAAUAAAGGACAGAGAGGAACAGGGCACAGUCUCUGUAGUGUCUCUUGUUGAAAUCACUUUUAUUGUCCACAAGAUGGCGCCGUCCUCCAUGGCUGAAACCUCUCUUGGCUCUGUCUCACAUUCUGAUGAUUAAUGUUCAUGACUCACUUUGUCUCACCUCAGAGAAAUCAGAAUGAUUGUACUAAUAAAGACUGUAG